AUGCAACGAUAUAUCGUGAGGUCCUCUACCUCUUACGCCCCUAGGCUGACUCGAGCUUUCGCACAAAAGGUCCAGUCCAGAAAUGAUGGUGAUCAGAAAUUUAAUAUCGGUGCGGCAUUCCCAGAUGACUUCGAGGACUCGCCUUUGAAGUCCCAGAUCCUUGAGAGGCGAAACCGGAAUCGGGGGAUCGACGACUCUUAUAACCCGACAAUGGAUGAGAUCAUUGAAAGUCUCCGAGGAAAACCGCCUCCUGAGAAUGCGAAGACAGCUAAGUCCGCGCAGACAGCUAAGUCCGCGCAGACGAAGCGGGAUCCUGUCCGAGAGGAGAGAGAGCCUGAGAUUGAUGAAAUGUGA